AUGCCCAAAAACGAACAAGACAAGAAAUAUCGUAAAUUUGAUGAUCCUAUUUCUCCUUCUCUUCAUGAAAAGAAAACUGAUCAGAAACAUUCACAAGAACGGUUCAAUGACCAAUCAUCACAACCAUCAAAGGUCUCUUCAUCAUUCACCAUUCGAUCAACCGCAAGUGCUAAUAAACAUGAUGAUCAAGCCUCUCAACGUUCCGAAAGGCGCCGACAUGAGGAUGAUCCAUCUUCAAAAAAACAAAAGAUUCAUGAAUCGGCAUCGAUGCCAUCGUCCAGUAGUACAAGUAGGAGCACCGAUGCUCAGCAGAGUGAAAUUAAAACGUCCACGGCAUCGGAAGAAGAAUCAAAUUUUAAACAAUUACCUAGAGAGAAAUUGACUAUGGAUGAUUAUUACAAGAAAAAUCAAGAAUUUAAAUUGUGGCUGUUGAAUCACAAGAAAAAGAGAGUGGAAGAUGAUUUGCAAAAUACAGAAGAAAUUAUGAAAUAUUUCAAAAAGUUUAUUAAGAAAUGGAAUAGAGGAGAAUUGAGCAGUAAAUAUUAUGCCCCAACUGGAGUUCACAGUAGUGGUUUUUCACAUCAGCAGCGAACCGCAUACAAAUGGAAUUUCAAAAAUAUUUCAGCUGAAGAUGAAAUGAAACUAGAGUUAAUGAGAGAUCAAGUCGACACGAAUACAUUUGAAAAGUCAUGGGAAAGUGCAUCUGCAAGGACAUCCUCACUGUUUGGUGACGAAAAAAGUGAAGAAAAAAAACCACCAUCUAAAGGAAGUACAGACAAAAAGUAG